AUGAACGCGGACCAGAUGUACCAGGUCCUCAAGCAGCUCAUGAUCCCCCACACCUUUGCGAGCAAGUACUGGUCGGGCAAGGUCUUCUCGCCGAACGACAAGCAGCGCGUGCGCCGCGCGGAACGACUCCGUCGCGUCGACGGUCGGACGGGCCGCGCGCGCGUCGCGCCUCGGACGCGGGGCGGGCCGCGCGCGUCGACGCUGAUCCCGGGCGGCCCCAGGUACAAGUACCGCGCGCAGUACACGUCGGAGACGCUCCUCGCGCUCGGGCGCGUCCGCCUGCGCACGCUGCGCGUCCGCGACGACGCCUGCGACCUGCCGCGGUUCCUGCGGGACUACUACGAGGAGUCCUCGCCGACGGCCUACGAGGACAAGGGCGCGCGCGCGGCGUGCUUCGGCGGCUACGCGGCGGAGCACCAGGACGAGGACGACUGGACGCUCGAGGACCCGGAGACGGGCGACGAGCUGAGCCUCAAGUACAAGGCCUACAGCGACGGGCGGGCCUGGGAGUCGCCCUUCUCCAAGGUCUGGUACGGCGAGGGCGGCCAGGUCUACGACCUCGAGAUCGGCAAGCGGCAGGCGACGGCGAACCUCGAGGCGCUGCGGCGCGCGGGCUUCGUCGACAACCGGACGCGCUGCGUCUUCGCGGACAUGACCUGGUACAACCCGAACGUCGACAUGUUCACGAACGCGCGCGUCGCGUUCGAGUUCCUGCCGUCGGGCAAGAUGCACCCGACGCUGUCCGUCGACAGCGCGCCGCUGCUCUACGACGCGCGCGCGCUGAACAUGGACGGCUACGGGUUCGCGGACCUCUGCGCCGUGCUCAUGGAGUUCGCGCUCUACGGCGGCGCGAUCUGGUUCCUGGCGCGCGUCUCCGAGGACGUCACGGACUACGCGUCGCUCAAGGGCUACCUGAGCGUGGGCUGGAACGUCAUGGACGUGCUGAGCGUGGCCUGCUUCCUCGUCGUCAUGGUGCUCCGGGCCAUGUGGAUGCUGCGCAUGAUGAGCGACAGCGUCAACGAGUACGAGGAGCACAUCGACACGGACGAGCACGCGGACGACGAAAAGUUCGGGCCCUUCAGCUUCGACGUCUACAUGCGCCUGCGGCUCACGUUCCAGUACUACCGCUACUGCCGCAAUUUCCUCGCCACGGGCGUGCUCAUCACCUUCAUCAAGGCCUUCAAGUUCCUCUCCGUGUCGAAGCAGCUGUCGCAGUUCACGGAGACGAUCUACGUCGUGUCGUCCGAGAUGCUGUCCGUCGUGCUCAUCCUCGCCAUCAUCCUCGUGGGCCACGCCGUCGCCUUCCACAUCUCCCUGGGCCACGCCAUCGCGGGCUACCGCACGUUCUUCGACUCGAUGAUGACGCUCACGCUCGCGAUCUUCGGCGACUUCGACCUCGAGGAGAUCAUCGCCGUCGCGCCGACGAGUGGCCUCGCGAUGAUGAUCUCCUACAUCGUCGUCAUGACCUUCGUGAUCCUGACCAUGUUCCUCAAGAUCAUCGACGUGUCCUACUCCGCGGUCAUGGAGCGCAUCGCGGGCGACGACGACGACAACUUCACGCGCGACCUCCGCGACGCGCUCGCGCGCAUCGCCUACGACCUCUACUGGUCCGUCAUGAUCCGCCUGACUCUGCUCCGCGCCCGCUACGCGCUCCUCUUCCACCGGCCCGACGGCGACCGGCCGGCCCUCGUCGUCGACGACGGCUCCGCCGCGGGCUUCGCGGCGCCGGGGAAGCGGUCGCUCGCGGAGAAGCUCGCCGCGCGCGACUCGGCGCGGACCCUCGCGGCGCUCCCCGAGCCCGACGACGACGGCGACGCGCAAACGCCCGUCGACGACCGCACGGAGCUCCAGCGCGCGCUCGACAAGCGCGAGCGCCACGUGGAAAAGCACGGCCGCGCGUUCGACGCGGCCGCGGAGCGCGCGCUGCUCGUGGACCACUUCGUCGCCGAGCACCGCGACGUCGCCGAGGCCGACGUCCCCGCGGACCACGUCUCGCGCAAGUGCGACGACCUCGUCGCGCACCAGCGGUCGCUCGGCGACCUCGCCGCGAAGCUCGCGGCGGCCAUCGCGGGCGAGGACGCGCCGGCGACGCCCAGCGGCGCGCGCGGCGCCAAGAGCGCGACGUUCCAGAGCCCCGUCGUCGCGCUGCUGGACCAGCCGUCGCUCGUCUCCGCGCUCACGGACCCGCGCGACCCGACGCCCGCGGGCGCCGCGGGCGCGGCGCCGCCGGCGAUCCAGGAGGAGCUCGACGUCCUCUCCGUCGUGUCCGCGGGCUCGCAGCGGACCGUGGUGACGCACGACGGCGACGGCCCCCCCGCCGGGGUGUCGGCGAAGGCGCCGGGCGUCGCGGCGACGCACCUUCGUCCGUUGCCGAAGACGAAGACGAAGCACGAGUCGAUGGGCGCGCAGUCCGGGUCCGUGCACAAGACCUCGCGCGCGCUGACGGUGCAGUGCGACGGGUCCCGCGCCAUGGCCGAGCGCACGACCGACGGCAGCGCCUCCGACGCCCAGGUCGUCACCUUGCGGUGGAGCGCCUUCCGGUCCGCCGUCGUGUUCGACGGGUCGAAGAGCAUGGUCGUGCGGAUGUUUUUCUCUUGCGUCUCGCGCGCGCACGGGUGA